AAAAACGUAGUGGGGAAAACAUAAAAUGUGAUAGUAAGCCGGGGAUCUGUCAUAAGGAUCAAACAUUUGAAAACAUUGAAGUUCGCUUGUCCAAAUAUGGCGUAAUGCGAGUUUGGUGCCUGAAAUAUUGAAGUGUGGUGUGGUUUUUUUGCGCAAAAUUCCGAAACGCAUUUCCAUCGAGGGCUUUUCCAGGAAAAUUAUGUUAAAACAGUGAGCAGCAGGCACAGCUAAAAAAGGGUGUACAUUCUCCAUUGAACCGCACGUGUUGCUACAAUCAUCCCCCAUCGGAAUAUUCCAAUAAGAAGGGCAGAAAAUGAAUAAGGAGUAUUUAAACAAUGACCAUCUGGUCGGUUUCGAAAACUACAAGUACAGUUGCAAGGAUACAAGUCCACUGAGCCAGUAUGUGAUGCACCCAUUUUGGAACAAGAUCAUAUUGUUGUGCCCAAGAUGGAUUGCUCCAAACUUAUUAACAUUCAGUGGAUUCCUGUUCACAUUCGCCACUUUGCUGUUACUAAGUUACUAUGAUUACGAUUUCUAUGCAAAUGCAAGGGACCACCCUGAGGUCGACCCCAUUCCGAACUGGGUGUUUAUGACGUCGGCUAUUUUCCUGUUUUUAGCAUAUACUUUAGAUGGCAUCGAUGGGAAGCAGGCAAGAAGGACGGGGACCAGUGGGCCCUUGGGCGAGCUCUUCGAUCACGGAUUAGACUCGUACACGGCGGCCAUCAUUCCGAUCGUGAUGUUCUCGAUAUUUGGUAGAAGCGAUGUGUACAGUAUAAACGCUAUGCGAAUGUUCUUCAUCGUUUGGAACGUCCUUAUCAAUUUCUACUUGACCCACUGGGAGAAAUACAACACUGGUCUGUUGUUUCUACCGUGGGGCUACGAUUUCUCCAUGUGGUGCACCAUCCUAACCUUCCUGCUGGCCGGUAUUUUCGGGUAUGAAAUAUGGCAAUUCACGUUGCCGGGUGGCAUGUCAGCUGGGGGAUGUUUCGAAAUCUUACUAUAUGUUUCCUCGAUGGUAUCGAACGUUCCCAUUGUCUUCUACAAUGUUUACAUGUCCUACAAACUUCGCACCGGACACAUGCGAUCAUUCGCUGAAGCUGCUAGGCCCUUAUUUUCUGUCACCAUUUUCUUCUUGUUGACGUUGCUCUGGGCUUGCGCCUCUCCUACGCUCUUGGAAAAGGACCCAAGGGCUUUGUUUUUCUUGACCGGCACUAUUUUCUCGAAUAUCUGUUGUCGAUUGAUCGUAGCUCAAAUGAGCAACACCAGAUGCGAUUUGUAUAAUUCGCUGAUAACUCCCACGGCUGUGUUCGUCGCUGUUUCGCUUAUUGUGGGAAUCGAACUAGUGGAAUUAUUAUUGAUAUACUUCCUCUGCUUCAUUGCAUUCUUCACGCAUAUACAUUAUGGAUCAUGUGUGGUUCAGCAGAUGUGUAAACAUUUCCAUAUAAGAUGCUUCAAGAUACCAUAUGAGAGUCAUUCAGAAUGACUGCUUGCCGACAACGCAUGAAUCUCAUUAAGUCAGGUGUUGUCCCUCGGACGCCAUACAUAUAUUUUUUGCACGUAAACAAUUAUUUUUUUUGUGUUUCGUUUCUGUGUUCGCAGGAAUAUGCGGCCCAAGACCUCCUGAAACGAAAAUCCACCUCAUCCAUCCUCUUACGACGUGUGUGUUCCCUAUUAUUUAUUUAUAUAACUCCCAAGCAAAUUUUUACGUUCCAUUCGCGCUCUCUUUAUUUUAUUUUUACCUGUCAGAAAUUUCGCUUAAAUUAUAUAAAUAAUACACUGCAAAAAAAAAAACUAUCCUCUAACGAAGCCUAAGAAUUUCAGCAAGUCCAAAGAUGUAAACUUUUUGUACAUUAUCGAGUUUAUUUUGUAUGAUUUUUAUUUUCCUAUUUGUAGUUUUCACUAGGCAAAAUCGAGAGUGCUGUAUCUCGAUCAAAGAUUAAUCCUAACUUAUUUUGUAUAUAUUUAUAUAUAUAUAGGCAAUUUCUAGUUUACGUAGGAUUAAGAUUGCGUUAACAUUAAGUUGUCUUAUUUUUGUUUGUUUUAUUUACGAUUUCGUUGCAUGUACGGAGUAUCUUUGUUGUGGUUUGACUGACUUUCCUUCAAUCCGAACUCACCAUUGACAUAGUAAUUUAAUUUUAUAUAUAUAUUCGUAAGGGAGAUACUGUUGUGUCGUUUGUUCUUAGUUUCAGUUGUUUCUUCUUUCUUUAAUUCGAGGGAUCUUAUUUACGACGUUUUUGUCACUGAUUAUAUAAUAAAUAUGUAUGCGCGGGGGCAGGAGGGAUUGAACCAUCAA